UAUAAUUAAGAUCAAAUUAAAGUCAUUAUCAUGAGUUCUAACGUUGUACCUGUUCCAAAUGACGAAAAUAUUAUUAUUAUUUCUCAACAUGAGCAAAACAAGUUACACAAAACCAAACUUUCCUUUAUUGAUAUUAUCUCAUUUCUCAAGGAAAUAAUAGCCAAAUUGGAUAUCAAGAAAGUUAUACAUAGUGUCAAAGUUGGUAUUGCUUUAGUAUUGGUAUCACUUUUGUACUUGCUUGAUCCUCUAUUCCAAAAAGUAGGACAAAAUGCUAUGUGGGCUAUUAUAACUGUGAUUGUUGUCUUUGAAUUCUUCACAGGUGCUACACUAAGCAAAGGGAUAAACCGAGCGAUUGGUACCGUAUUGGGCGGAGGAUUGGGAUGUUUGGCUGCAAUCUUAGCUGAUGAAAGUGGUGAAAUUGGUGGUGCCUUAGUUGUUGGCAUCUCUGUCAUUAUCAUUG